CACUAUAAUGUAUUGAGGUACACACGCUUUGUUCACUAAUCGUGUAUAAACAAUAUGAUAGUCAUGUUCUGACCUAAUCGUGUGUCAUGAACUGACAGUAUAUAUAAGACCGGGUGAAAUUUGAUGCAGUCACUUCUUAUCCAACUACCGAGGAUACCAGUCUAAAAUAACAAAGAUGAAAUCGGCUUUCCUUGUAUUACUCCUUUUAGGAGUCGGAUAUUCUAAUGGUAUGAUUGCUGGCAUGAACCCAAUGAAUAUGAUGAUGGCUGGUGCAAUGAACGGUGGUGGACAGUCCGAAAUGAUGAAAAUGAUGGCAUUGAUGAGCAUGAUGGGUGCCAACCAACAAACAGGAGCUCCUGGUGCGCCCGGUGCUGCUGGUGGAAUCGCUGGAAAUCCUAUGCUUAACAGCAUGAUGAAAUUGGGACUCUGCAGAAAAACCGAGACAGCUAAAGAAUCUCGAUUCUGUACUCCAGAAUUGUGUAGUUUGAAGGGAAUGAUGAGAUUUGGAAAUGGUAACAUGUACCAGUGUGUUCCCGGAUUCGGAUGUUGUUAUAAAGACCACCAGUCAAUGCUUCUCAGCAAACUCGUCAACUAACUAAAUCACAGAUGAGCAACAGCAAUCGAAUGGUCCCAUUUCAUCUCUUCAUAACUUCAUCAUCACUUAGGAGAAACCUGAUCGAUCAGUAGUAUUUAUUUGAGAGUAUGUGAAACAUUUUCUGUGGAAACCAGCAAUAUUUAUUAAGUUGUAUGUUUUAUACAAUAAAUUAUAUUUUUGUAAUUA